GGGGGAGUUGCCUUAUUGCCUACGCUCUCCCCUGCAUUUCACCUGAAAUGCCAGGUAACAUUCAACUCGUAUCCGGCCUAGCUCGAGUCCCAAUGGAGGAAUGACCGUGCUCCCUCCCCUCCUGAUUGGUCCAUGAUCAUCAUAUUGUCACCGAUGGAUCCAGUCUGCACCUCUGACAAAGCCGCCAUCGGACUCCCAUCCUCGCAUCCUACUUGCAUCCCCCCUCCCUCAUUUCUCGGCGGUUCUGUGGUGGCAGCAGGUCUGGCAAGCAGCGAAACUCAAAUGGCUUGAUUCCCAAAUCAAAAUGCAAGUGCGAACCGCGACGAGGAGGGAAAAAAGCCACCGUUCUCAUCACCUGCCCAAUGAUACCGGACAAUACGAACUUGCCCGUGCGAGACCCCCUCCGCAUUCCUCCGUGGGUCGGUUCCGGCGAGGAAAUUCAUCUGCCUACAGCCUACAGGAGAGUCAGUAUUGUCGAUGUGUGGAGAGUCGGGAGAUAUCCCAUUCGCUCGAUUGGACGCAGUGGAUUUAUGCACUGGUGACUGGUGAAAGUGGCAUGGGGUUUGCCAGGUUGCCGACUCUAUCACGUUCUUUAGCCACUGUCGAUGAUCCAGAAUAUUCGACGGAUAAUAAUGAAAGCUCGAAUCAAAGGUCGAUGCACCAGGAGAUGAUUACGACUCACUCACUCUACAGGGCGGUGAUCGUGGUCCUUCAUAGCAGGGCGGUGGAGCCAAGUUUAACAUAUUUGAUGGGACAGGCAGAUGUCAAUCCAUGGACCAUGAUCGAUGGACACCAUACGCGUUGCCUAGCCCAUCCUCCUGAAAUUUCGACCGUCGUCUGGAAUAUUUGCCUGCAGCCUACAGUUCAAGGAUCUUUUGUCAAUAUUCUGUGACGGGAAUCAAGUCGACUCAGACGGAGUAGGUAAUACUGCAGGUUCGAGGACUGUCGUCAUACAUUCGAUGGCUUUUUUCUCCUGCACUUCUCAC